CUCACAGUGAGGGAGUGUCGUCGUCGGAGCGGGUUGCUCUUCCACACCAGACUCCUUCUAUCCCUCCGUGCUGGAGGAGCGAGGAGGAAACCUCUCUCCUCUUGUUUUCUCUCUGCGGACACACGGAUAAUAACCGCACCACGGCUGGGAAGAUGGUUUUUCUGCUGCAUAUGGUUACUCUUUACUCUCUGAGCGUCUUGAGCGGAGCCUCCGCCGCCACUCACUAUAAUUGCAAUGGCCCUCUGGCAUCCUCGUUACCCCACUCAUCCUUCCAGAGCUCCUCUCAGUCCUCCGUCGGUUAUGCUGCUUACAACGGCAAGCUCAACAGAAGAGACGGAGCGGGAGGCUGGUCUCCCAUGGUGACUGACCAGGAGCCCUGGCUCCAGGUGGAUCUAAGGGAGCAGAUGGAGGUGACGGCUGUUGCCACACAGGGACGUUAUGACAGCUGGGACUGGGUCAGCAGUUACCUCCUGCUCUACAGUGACACGGGACGGGCCUGGAAACAGUACAGGCACGAGGACGGGGUCGGGAGAUUUGUUGGGAAUGUGAAUUCGGAGGCUGUGGUCCAGAACAAGCUGUCCCACCCAGUGAGAACGCGCUUCCUGCGUUUCAUCCCUCUUGACUGGAACCCCAGUGGCUGGCUGGGCCUCAGAGUGGAGGUGUACGGCUGCUCUUACAAGUCAUAUGUUGCAGACUUUGAUGGCAGAAGCUCCCUGCUUUAUCGGUUCAACCAGAAGUCCAUGUCAACGGUGAAGGACGUGAUCUCUCUGCGCUUCAAGAGUCAUCAGGCCGAGGGCGUUUUACUGCACGGAGAGGGGCAGAGAGGAGAUUACAUCACCCUGGAGCUUCACCGGGGAAGAUUGGACCUUUACCUUAACUUAGACGACAGCCGGCUCCGGUUCAGCAGCGGUCGCGUCGCAGUCACCGUGGGCAGCCUGCUGGACGACCAGCAGUGGCACUCUGUCCAUAUUGAGCGAUUCAACAAGCAGGUCAACCUCACGGUGGACUCCCACAUGCAGCACUUUCAGACCAAAGGAGAAGGACAUUCUCUGGAGGUGGACUACGAGCUGAGUUUUGGAGGCAUCCCGCUGCCGGGUAAACCUGGCACCUUUUUGAGGAAGAACUUCCACGGCUGCAUGGAGAACCUCUACUACAACGGGAUCAACAUCAUAGACCUGGCAAAGAGACGCAAGCCCCAGAUACACAGUGUGGGCAACGUGACCUUCUCGUGUUCGCAGCCCCAGCUGGUGGCCUGCACCUUUCUGAGCUCCAGCAGCAGCUUCCUGUCGCUUCCGUCAGCAGCAUCUGCCACAGGGGGUUUGUCUGUUCGCUUCCAGUUCAGGACGUGGAACCCAGACGGGCUGCUGCUCUCCGUGCUGCUGAACCCGGAGCCCCGCAGGCUGGAGCUGCAGAUCAGCAACGGCCGGCUGCAGCUGACCCUCCACAACUCAGGACGACCCAAAUCAGAGGUCUCUGCUGGUCACAGAGUCAACGAUGGUCUUUGGCACUCUGUGAGUUUCAACACAAGGAAUCUACAGAUCACUUUGACUGUGGAUGGUGAGCCGUCCUCCACCGUUGAACUGUGGGAACAACUAGAACCAAGAGGCAACUUUGACUUUGGAGGCUGUCCCACCACGGACUGCCAGUACCUUCCUCCGGCCUUCCAGGGGUGUGUGAGGCUCAUAUUCAUCAACAGCCAGCCCGUGAAUCUCAAUCAUGUUCAGCAAGGAUUGCUGGGAAAUUAUAACGACCUUCAGUUUGACACCUGCAACAUCAGAGACAGAUGCCUCCCUAACCUGUGUGAGCACGGCGGCCGCUGCUCUCAGACGUGGAGCUCCUUCUCCUGCGACUGCUCGGGAACAGGAUACUCAGGAGCGACCUGUCACAACUCCAUCUACGAGCCGUCCUGCGAGGCCUACAAGCUGAUUGGCAGCUCCUCGGGCUUCUACUCCAUUGAUCCAGAUGGGAGUGGUCCCCUGGGGCCCACACAGGUAUACUGCAACAUGACAGAGGAGAAGGUUUGGACAGUAGUGACCCACAACAGCACGGCUCCGGUCACAGUGCAGGGCUCCUCUCUGAUCAAACCUCACGUCAUGACGUUUAACUACAGCGCGUCAGCCGAGCAGCUCCGCGCCAUCGUGUCCGGCUCCGAGCAGUGCCAGCAGGAAGUGGUUUACAACUGCAAGAAGUCCCGCCUCUUCAACACAAAAGAUGGCAGUCCUCUGACCUGGUGGCUGGACGGGGAAGGGGAGAAGCGGAGCUACUGGGGAGGCUUCCUGCCGGGAGUGCAGCAGUGCUCCUGCAGCCUGGAGGAGAACUGCAUGGACAUGAACUACUUCUGCAACUGUGACGCCGACACGGACGCAUGGGCUAAUGACACAGGAAUCCUCUCCUACAAAGACCACCUGCCAGUGAGCCAGAUAGUGAUUGGAGACACCAACAGAACGGGCUCGCAGGCCGUCUACCACGUUGGCCCGCUGCGUUGUUAUGGAGACAAGUCGAUAUGGAACGCAGCAUCUUUCUACCAGGAGUCCUCCUACCUCUACUUCCCCACCCUACAGGCCGAGCUCGCCUCUGAUAUCUCCUUCUACUUCAAGACUAGCGCUCCGUCGGGAGUGUUUCUGGAGAACCAGGGCCUGAAGGACUUCAUCCGAGUGGAGCUCAGCUCUCCCUCGGUGGUGACUUUCUCCUUUGAUGUGGGAAACGGUCCAGCAGUCCUGUCCGUGAAGUCCCACCUCCCCCUGAAUGACAGGCAGUGGCACUACGUGAGGGCAGAGCGCAACGUGAAGGAGGCCUCCCUGCAGGUCGACCAGCUUCCCCUCCGCUUCCUGGAGGCUCCGGCUGACGGACACCUCCGCUUACGGCUCAGCAGCCAGCUGUUUGUAGGAGGAACAGCCUCGCAGCAGAGAGGCUUCCUGGGCUGCAUCCGGACUCUCACCAUCAACGGCAUGAGCUUUGAUCUGGAGGAGAGGGCUAAGAUGACACCUGGGGUCACCUCGGGCUGCCCCGGCUACUGCAGCGGCUCCAGCAGCCUCUGCCACAACAGAGGGAGGUGCAUCGAAAAGAGCAACGGCUACGUGUGCGACUGCUCGCAGUCUGCCUACGGAGGAACCACCUGUAACCAAGAGGUGUCUGUGUCCUUCGACAUGGAGUCCUCUGUGACCUACACCUUCCAGGAGCCCUUCUCAGUGAUGCAGAACAGAAGCUCGCAGGCCUCCAGUGUUUCCACGGAAAGCAGCAGCAGAGCCAGAGAGGACAUGGCCUUCAGCUUCGUCACCUCCCAGAGGCCGGCCAUGCUGCUGACUGUCAGCACCUUCAGCCAGCAAUACAUCGCUGUCAUCCUGGCCAAGAACGGGAGUCUGCAGAUCUGGUAUCACCUUCAGACAGACAGGAGUCCUGAAGUGUUCAGCCCCGUCCUCACCAACCUGGCAGACGGACGACUCCAUCGAAUCAGAAUCCACCGAGUCGGAAAAAACCUUUAUGUACAGAUCGACCAGGACAUCCACAGAAAGUACACACUGUCAUCUGAUGCAGAGCUGAUCUUAAUCAGAUCCCUGACAUUGGGCAAAGUCACCAGGAGGGAAAGCCUCAAUGACGAGGUAAUGCAGGCGGCUUCUAAAGGUUUCAUUGGCUGCCUCUCGUCGGUCCAGUUCAAUCACGUUGCUCCACUUAAGGCGGCGCUGACGAAUCGAGGGAGCUCACUGGUCACCAUCCGCGGUCCACUCGUCCAAUCAAACUGUGGAGCGCUGGCAGAGUCCACCUCACACAUACAGCAAGAUCAAACUGUAACAGCAAAUAAAGAUAAGGAGCAGCACGGCAGCGGCACCCAGAAGGAUUUGGCCGUGAUAGCAGGUGUGGUCACAGCAGUGGUCUUCAUCGCUGUGUGCGCUCUGGCUGUGAUAAGCCGCCUCCUCUACCAGCAGCGGCGGGCCCAGAGGAGCAGCAGCAGCAGCAUCAAAGAGGAGAACAGACACAGCAUGUACACAGACUACAGGACAGAGCUGCACCUCCACAACUCAGUCAGGGACAACAUGAAGGAGUACUACAUCUGACUACAGUGUGCACUCUGUGGACCUCAGCCACAAACUUACCUCUCUCUUAUAAAGGACUAACAGUGGACGCGCCGCUGCAGGAUUUCUUACAAACAAAAACAUCUCUUGUGUGCCCUGGACUUCUCCCAGGAACACUGCUAAAGACUGUAGCCUGUAGUCCACUCUCUCCAGUACAAAGCAAGUGGCUGAAUCUUUACAGCUGUUAGUGUAUUUGAUGUUGGUGAAACUGUCAGAUUCAAGCUGCUGUGGUUUCUGUUGUCGCAAAAACUGUGUAAAGCAAAAAGAUGAAUGUUCUGCGGGGGUUGGACGAUAAGGGGCACACCACGAGUGCAACGAGCGGAAGCUGCUGUCCAUCCUGAAUGCGCACAACUUAAAAAAAAACAACAUUUUGUUUGAAACCUACAAAUGCUGUCCACAUCGCAGUGGGACUCACUAAAUUGUACUUGCGAGUCAGGAAAAUCUAGGCCAGGCCUGUAAGAUAUGCGUGCAUUCGCUGCUGUCUUUGUUUUUUCAGUGGUGGUGAAUGUUGUAGAAGAAGAAAAAGGGGACAAUACUGCCUAUACUGUAUGAGUGCCUAAUUUGCAUACAAGUUUUUAUUUGAACAUUUUAGAAGUUAUUCUUGUGAUUUGCACAAAAGCAAUCGCAUUUACAUAGAGAGGAGCUUAUUGUCAUUCAGUUCUGCGACCCACACAGCGCAUAGAAUAAAAGGAAAUCUGAUUUUCCCACUCAUGCAUAACAUCUGCCAGUUUGACCGUCAGUAAUGGGUGACUCUCAGUAAUGUUUCUUUUCACUCUUGUUUUCCCCCCAGGUUGUUUGAAGUAGCAUGGAAACUGACAACCUGAAUCCUAUAAUCUUUUCUUAGCUGGAUACAGAUCUGUAACCCUCAACGCUUUUCAGGUUUUCCAAGUCUUGUCCCUCAAACAGCAUUCAGACCACAUAUAUCUAGUCGUAGGGAGAUUUUAGCUUGUAGAAUUAUGGAUUUUAUUUAUUUUAGAGAUUAUAUUUUGACAGAAAAGGAUGAAGAUCGAGAGGGAGCGGUGCAGGGCCGGGGGUCGGAAUCUGUUAAGGACUCUGUCUUGGUACAGAAGGUGUACGCUCCACCAGGUGCGCUACCAGAGAACUCUGAAGGACUUUAUUUCAAUGUGCAAAAUCUACUUGUAUUAUUUAUCAUGUGCAUAAAAAUCCCAAAAGCACGAGUGUAAAUCGUAUCAUGAAAGUAGCAGAAAUCAGAAUUAAAUGGAGAGGAUUGUCAUUUAAAUAAACACAAAGCAGUCACAAAACGAGCAUGUACAGUCAGGAAACUCAUCAAACAACCAGUGAAAAGUAUCUGCAGGCUUAAAAAAAUCCAAAGCAUUAUCAAAUCAGGCAAACCACGAAGCUCCUAAGUGUGUGGUGUUAUUUGGCAAAUGGGCAGCAGUUUGUGAAGGACGGAAACUGGUUCAACCAGCAUGUUUGCAGGAGUAAGAAUGAAUCACAGCAGCGGAUUAACUGGUGCUCAUGCAGCUCUGGUUAGCUCCAGGGUCAAUACCUUCUCAAAGACUCUUUGUCACAGUACUUGAGUGAGUUUGUGUUUAAGGUUGAGAUGCUUUUAUCUCAUCUUGGUGAAAGCAAAGUAUGCAGAAGAAGGUCAGACUGAUGUGGAACGAGUGUGCAGAAAAGUCUAAAAGUACUGACACAAAAGUGUAUUAUUCCAUGGCGCAUAGCAAGAAGUGUUUAGAGCUUUUUUUGCAAUGAAGAAAAAAGGCUGCUAUGUUCCCUGACAUGAUUCUAUUUAUUUAUUUAUUUAUUAUCUGGAUUACAGGGAUAAGUGGUGUUUUCUAUAUGAUUCAUGCAAAUACUUUUUUAUAUACAUCUAACACUCGUUGAUCCUUAGAAAAAAAAAAUCCAUAUACACACAAACAAACAAACAUACAAGGCAAAAAAUCGAGAGUUGUCGUGCAAAACUCAAAUUAAAGCAUGGAUAAAAAGUGGAGACUGCUUUUUUUUUUCCUUUUUUUUAGAUCUUCUCUAAAAGUUUGACCUGCAGGUGGUGCCAGAGGGAAAUCGAUGUCACCUAAAUUUUAAAAGUCUGUUUGUGAGGCUCAGCUCUGCAGAUUUAGCUCACUAUCCAUCGGCUUCAGCUGCUCGUCGGCAGGUUAGCUGUCUUUGUCGGUCGUACUUUGAGCUUAAUGUGCGAAACAUAAAGCCCAAAGAAAAGUUGAAUCUAAAGGCUGCAAGUUUUUUUCCGGUCAUGAGUGAAUGACGUCAUUAUCUUCUUGGGUUCAUAAAUGUACAAAAUUUCAAGGAAGGCGGUCCAACAAUUGUGAGGAUGUUUCAUAGUGAUUCCACCGUUUGGACUGAUGGACGGAGAGACUCAGAAACAAUACUGUUACCUUCCUGGAAGAUUACGUGACAUGAGAGAGUGGCGUGGUCAAAAGACGGGCUCCUGGACCCGUCUGUGCAUGUCCUUGUGAUAGUCUGCAGAUCUCCAGUUAUCAGUGAAUGAAUACAUACCUCUCAGAGUGUUUUGGCUAUAUCGCAAAGGGUAAUAUCAUGUGGUUACUUCUUAAUGAUUUGUAUAGCUGCAGUUUUAUUAAGGAUCUAUUGUAUAGAUGUAUAAUUUAAUAAUAAAAGUGAAUAUAUUGAUUAA